AUGGCGCCCCUGACGCUCCAUGAAGCAUGUCUAUGGCUUGCAGAUGCGAUGGAGCAAUAUUGGUCCAGUGACGAGGUUUUGAACCGCCAACAUUCAGCCCUGAUAUCGGGACUGAGAUCCUCCUCUGCCAAAGCAAGCGAGGGGAAGCAGACGGUCUUGGCUCUAAUGCCUGCUCUCAUCUGUCAUGUGGAUGAGGUGGUCCAGAGAGGACAACCUGAUGGAUUCAAAAAUGCCAUCCUCAACACUCUUGCCGAUUCAACGCGAGACGUACCUUUAUGGCGACCUCUAUUCGGCCUCGAGGCUAAACAGCGUAGUGUGAUCAACGACAACGAGAUGAGAGGGAGGUCUCCUCCGGACUGUAUUGUUGAAGUUGUAAGGCGCGUCAUCUCCGGAACGGCCCAAGCAACAACGAGCGAACAGUUAAGAUCUGCCCUCAGAAUUAUUGCAAAUUGUUGCGCAGACAAUAAUAUCAAUCGGUCCAUUAUUGUCGAACGCAGUGGCAUCGAAACAAUGCUGGAAAUGGUCAGAGAGAGGAGAGAAUGCGACCUGGUGAUCCCGACCCUCUAUAAUGUCUGCGUUGACUACGAUGAACCGGCGAGAAAUGCGGCAGGCGAACCAUGGGUCUCGCUUCAAGCAAAAGGUGAGGAAGCAGAGUCGGACACCACCAUCAACGCCGCGGAGCAGAGACUCGGUACAUAUUGGUCGAACGAGAAAUUGACGUCCUUUGAGAUUUUGCUCCGAGCCAAAGAUUCUGGAAAGGUCUCCAUAGGGACAUUGACCGACCUGAUUGAAAUGGCUAGCCGGAUAGCACUCCAUGGGACACACAAUUUCGUUCACAAGGCUAAUGGGAAUGCCACGGGAGACCUGGUCGACAUCGACACCACCGCGGACAUCCUUCACUCAUUGUUGACGCAUGGCGUCGAGCUUGCGAACGAGGACAUCGACUGCCGAGCUUCGAUGUGUCAAGCCGUCCUCAACCUCCUCUCACAAGCCGACACUCACCGCGCCGUUUCAGAAGACUUCCGCAUGAUCUGGAACUUGGUCCACUUACCUUAUCCUUCGGAUGAUUCAGGCGACGAGAUCGACGAUCCCGACGAAGAAGAGCAAGUCCUCCUGCCCUACCGGAAAGCGAUGCUCAAGAUGGUCUACAGUAUAUCAGCCACUGAAACCUAUGAGCACGUUUCCGGGUCCCAAUCGCCCCUAAUUCGCAACUGCAUCACAUUUCUGGAUGUGGACAAGCCUCUUGGGCUCUCAGCCAGCAUCUGCGUGCUGCUCGCUAACAGCAUCGUCUCUAAAGAACGCGCCGAGCAACUCAUCAAGUCCACACCAAAUAUCGCCCGUUUCUUAUCUGAGUUAUUCGUCAAAACCACCGAGUCGGAGGUCCUUCUCCCCGCGCUCAGCCUCGCAAUGCGGCUAUCGCUCUGUCCUGAGGGCCAAGAUGCGUUUCAUGAAGUCAACAUGGCGUCAGCUGUAUCACGACUCCUUGGCUCAACUAAGAGCGAAGUCGAUUCCCUCGGACUUCAGAUCCAACGCGACGUCAUCGCCCUCGUGAGACUGAUGAUAAAGGGGCGUAUUGAAUAUCUCCCUCAAUUGGCAUGCAAUAGAAAAGAUUCGUCCGACGCAAACCUCAUGGCUAUGGUAUUUUCUAUUUUUGAAAAGACAAGCCACCCGGAAACGAAAGCUGAAGUAGGAAGGCUGUCAAUUGAAGUGGUUCGUACGCUAUUUCCGUCCAGACAACAUCCUAUGCAGUCCGCCACUGCAUCUGGAAAAGACCGCCCAGGCCACAUCGAUCACGAAAAGGCUGAAUCACUCUUUCAAUACAUCUUCCCGGCCCAGGCAACAACACCCGCGCUAUCAACUCCAGAAACACCGACUUCUGCAAGUACUACUGUCGCAGAUACAAUAGGCUGGAUACUGACCCAGUCGACGAGCCUCUCCAGCGACUCGCAACCACAGCAGCAAUCGCCAUCACCACAUCCAUCCCUCUCCCAGGCCGAAGCAGAAGCCUGGUUCGGUCUGGCGCUGCUCUCCACGUUUCCGUCGACACACGGCUCCAUCAGAGCCGCCAUGGCGCGGGACGACUUUCAGCUGCUGAAACGGCUCCGCGAGAUUGCCACCCAGACCCGCUCUUCGCUUGACGGCUCUCGGUCGUUGGAGGGAAACAAGGAAGAUGAUCAAGGGGAAUCAGCGCGAGGUGGAAAUGCAGCACCAGGUCUCACGGGAAAGACGGCGACGAACAAGUCGGUGGAUCCGAGGUACGAGAACAUCAAAGUUCUCAUUGCGAGGAUGGUUCAACCGCAAUCGGCAUCCCACCACCCGCACCUGCUCCCACUCCAGUCAUCGACCCUAGACAAGAAAGCUCAAAGUCCGAGAACAACGCCGGAAGACAUAGAAGCAGACAAACAGGUCCAAGCUGGUCUCGAAGCCGCCGCGGCGGAAAUGGGUCUGGACUGGGUCUUGCUAUGA